UCAGGUCGAAACACAUGGUCGUUGCGCCUGGUGAUCCGCGACCGUCAUCCAGGGGCGAAAAAGGGGGCUCUCCGUCCUCGCCUGGUGUUCUCUUCAGUCCAGCAGGUUGCGGCCUUCCUGGUGGUGACAUGCAACUUGGGAGAACGGCAAACAUCCCUGGUCCCGCAGUCGAAUCAAAUAGCACAUCUGGAAAUGAAGGUCAAUCAAAUUCGUCCCCACAGCAAUCUGCCAUCUCAGGGCCACAAGAGGAUGUCAUCACUCAUGUUCCUUUAGAUGAAAAUGACCAUAAAUAUGUAGGAUUAAUCAAUCAGGCAAUGACUUGUUAUCUGAAUAGCUUAGUACAGUCCUUGUACAUGACUCCAGAGUUCAGAAACGCCAUUUAUAAAUGGGAAUAUCGUAUCAGCGGAAAGCCCUCUACAAGUGCGGGUGAGAGGGAAGCGAGAAGUAUACCAUAUCAGAUACAGAAGCUUUUUCUCCUGCUACAAACAAGCGAUCUUGCCUCACUGGAAACGAAAGAUUUGACUGCAAGUUUUGGAUGGUCUAGCAGUGAAGCUUAUGACCAACAUGAUGUGCAGGAGUUGUGUCGACUGAUGUUUGACGCUUUGGAGCUCAAAUGGAAAGGCACGCAGAAUGAGAAGCUUAUACAGAGCUUGUACAGAGGAAAAAUGCAAGAUUUUGUCAAAUGUUUAAAGUGCGGUCGGGAAAAUGUGCGCCAAGAUGUUUUUCUCGAUCUUCCCCUUGCGGUAAAGCCAUUUGGUGCAAUCGAAGCAUUUCACAGCGUUGAAGAAGCUCUCCAAGCUUUCAUAACCCCGGAGCUCCUUGAAGGAAGUAACCAGUACUUCUGCGAAAGCUGUGGAUCGAAACAGGAUGCACAUAAGGGUCUGCGCAUCACGGAAUUUCCAUACCUACUCACAAUUCAGCUUAAACGCUUCGAUUUUGAUUACAAUACUAUGCAUAGGAUUAAGCUAAAUGACAGGAUGACUUUUCCUGAUGUAUUAGAUCUGAAUUCAUUCGUAUUCCCGUCUUCUUCGACCAGCUUGAACACUAAUGAAAAAUUACCGGAAACAGCGAGUAAUCAAGAAACGUAUACUGUUGGUCAACGGGUGGAUCGUGACUAUGUCAACAAACUUCUCAAACACGGAGAGUAUGUGUAUGAGCUGUUCUCCGUCAUGGUGCAUCAAGGAAGUGCUGCAGGCGGUCAUUACUUUGCUCAUAUCAAGAACAUGGAUCAAGGGCAGUGGUACUGUUUCAAUGACACACGCGUCGAACCCGUCGGCCCUGAAGAAAUUUCGAAAAGUUUUGGUGGUUCAUAUGGCGGGUGGUCAACAAGUAAUACAAACGCAUAUAUGCUCAUGUACAGGAAGAUUAGUAAAUUGAAUGCAAGUUUUAUUCGUACAUCAAAUUUGCCUCUUCACAUUACUCAGUUGAAAAGUCAGUGGAAAGAACAAGAAGCUGAACGAGAGAGGCAGCGAAUCUAUCUACUGAAUCUUGUAAAUAUCAAAGUUCAUUUAAAUAUGGUGUGUGACAAUGAUUCUAUGCUUAGCGAACAGUUUGUGAUAGAUAUGCCUCGUUCAAACACACUAUGUGAUGUGUACAACCAGGCGUUGAAAUUUUUCGAGGAGAAAGCCCAGGCUCUUGCUACAUCAGAGAAAGGUAGCCCUUCCAUUGUUCGCCAUCAUAGUCGUCUCAUUCGCGUCACGAGCGAGCGUGGACUAACCGUUCACGAGGCAUAUGUGUCCAGAGCAGAUUUGUCUAAGAAGAUAGAGACAUGCCUCGUGCAUGGAAGGCCAAACACGCUGAUGUUCUUACUCGACGUUUGGCGCCCUGGAGGAAUUCCCUUUGCUGUCACUCCCGCCAAUGGACGCACCGUACGCAUAGCCCGAGUGGACAUCGGAGCACGCUGCAUAAACCCAUCUUUCUAUCUGUAUAUUAGUCCAGACCUUCGCACGGUUAUACAAGUGAAACAGCUUAUCGGUUCCAUGUUUGGCGGUGGACAACGUGCCGCUGUUUCAUCUCGAAUGGUGCUAGAAAGAGACACACAGCCGAAUGGCUUGGUUCUGCUUGACUCUCCCGGGACAAACUUCUUCGAAUUGCUUCAGCAGUGUUUCUCCGCUGUGCCUCUGGUAUACUGUGACAAUGGAGCUAAAGGCGAUUCGAAUGAAGUUGAAGAGGAUAGAAGAAGGCCGUUGAACGAGACUAUUAUGUUUGCUGUACUUGACAGAAAGAAAUUUACGCAAUAUAUGACUGUAGAACUUCCUCCACCAGAUGAAGUCGCUCGUGCGCAAGCGACCACACAUGCAUACUCGUCUGGUAGUUUGUGGUCGGAUGCCAUAACCAGUAACAAGCAGAAGUUGAAGAGCUCUGCUUCGUCAGCCAUUGAAUCUGCUCCUAUCACACCUUCAGACGGAGGAAGUAGGUCAUCUUCGCGAGCAAGUGACUUUAUCGGUAACGACGUUAUGGGUGAUAUCGGCAGCUGUUGUCAAAACACACCUCAGAUGUCACCAAACGUGUCGGAUGUUGAUGAGGGAAUCGAUGAUUCCGACUUAGCUGACUCUUUGGCGACAGUCGCUGAGAAUGACAACGAAGACGUGUUCCAGUCUCAUUCUGGAACACGCUCGCUUGCCGAUUCAUCUGAUACCACUCCAGUCCCAUCUACAAUCACAUCUCAUAGUGAUGAGUUGGUUCAAAAAGUUGUUCAACUGCCAACUUCCGUCGGAAAUCUUCUCUACCUGGACGUUGAUUCGCGUUUGACAUUCGGAAAGUUCAAGGCUUGGCUUGGAAGAAAACUUGGCAUGGAUACCACACAGUUUGUCGUUAUCAAACACUACCGGGAAGAUGACAAAGGGUAUGAGUGCAAUAGCAAGGACGACGAAAGUGUACGAAGCGCAUUGGAUAAUGUUUUCAAGUUGGGAGUGAAGUUGAGGCCACCUUUGCGAGACGACGAAAAGCUUAUUCGCGUGCUACAGUUCGACCUGAAUGAACCCAAUCGAGAAAAUUGGAGAGUACUGUUCGAAUGUCCAGCUUCAAAGCAGACAUCUGUAGGAGACCUAAUGUUGCAAUGCAUACACCUGUACGCAGAAAUUUAUGGCCAGAAGCUGAAUAUGAACCAGAUUCGUCUUCGAGAAAUGUCUACAGUCAGCCGGACAGUGAAGGCCGUACUCAAUCCUGCAGACACUCUCGACUGCAGAGGUUCUCAAUGGUCGAAUAAUGUGUAUUUCCAAAUCAUAACAGAUGAACGUUUGAUUGGUAAACCCGGUGUGCCUAUCUUGGUGCGGAGAUUCCGACCUUCGACUGUGGAAGUAUCGGCCAUACACGAAGCGCUAGUUGAUCCCAAAGCUCCGAAUCAAAUGGAAUCUCUGGCUCAAAGCGUUUCGGCUUUAUCGGGAGUGCCUGCCGAUAGGCUUGUUUUCACAGAGAUCGGUAGCUCGUGGGACAAAUGGCCUUAUACGCUGAGUCGUCUAGCUAUGUUGGAGGGUUCGGUAAAAUUCUCAUCUCAGCCUUCUUACGCACCAAAUGAUGUUAUUGAGCGCAUUGGAGGAAGAGUGAUAUACUACAAAGAUAGCGCGGAGUCACCAAAAGAGCUUUCUGUUGAAGACAGAAAGCAGAUCCAGAUCAAGGAGAAUGGUCAAACUAUGACAGCUGCUGCUCGUAGGAAAGAACGGCCGCUUCGGAUACAGAUGAGUAGUAUUAGCGAACCAUGAUCUAAUGCAAAUAUCUAACAAUGUUACCCUUCUGUUACUUUGCCUUUAUCGCACAGGUUGUCCAUUUGAUUUGUCUUAACCAUGUAAAAAAGGUUGGCGGGCGGUGUUGAUCUCAUACAAAAAUUAGUAAGAAACAGAUUUUCACACCCGUUGAUCUUGCUUGUGGGACCGGUUUGUAGCUGCUUGGUAUCGUAGACUUAAAAAAUUUGUGGAGAAUUUUUCUUUGUUUAUCAGUAGUGAUAUCAGUAUGUAUUCGAAUGUCUAUUCUGUGCAAAGUUAUAUUGCUCUUCGAAUUCGAGUGUGAUUCUGCAUGCAAAAGAGAGGUAUCGUCUUUGAUAGGUCGUCCUGUUUCUUUCAUUGUAAGUUGAUGCACGUGUGUCUUUGAAUUUGUUUUGAAUUUUUGCCAGCAAUCGUUGAUGAAUUAGCAUGAGGUAGCUCAGCACUUACAACACUCAUGGUUCAUAACUCGCUUCUGAACAUUUAUCGACACAAUAAAGAUUUCUACUCUUGAU